ACCCCUCAGAAACCUUGGACUGUGUGGUUUGCCAGUGAUGUUUCUUUUCGCAAGCCUUGUUAGCACAGACAGCUCAAUAAACUACGUUUAGCUAGCAAGCUGCUAGUCGUAAGUAAAAAGGGCUUUGCUGUAGUUCAUAAACCAACUUUAGCUUCAUUUGCAUAUUUUACUCCCUGGUUCAGCACAAACGAGGCACUGGAUUGGCUACAGUUCAAUGGAGACGCUGUCAAAAACAGCCGCAGCUGAUGCUACACGCGGCAAGGAGCCCUGUCCACCACCAGCAGCCAGCAGAGUCGUGUCUGAGAGCCUGUCACUGCCAUCUUACAAAGACUAUCCUGCUCAUCGUCCCCUCAUCAACACACUUGUGCAUCACACACCCCAAACACACACACAUCACUUCAGUCGUUCGCCGUCACCCAGCAAAGCCUUCCCAGAGACCAGCAGUGCAGCGAUCUUAUCUGCCCUGAGGAAUCUCCAGGAGAAGAUCAGGAGGUUGGAGCUGGAGAAAGGACAUGCAGACCUCAGUCAUCAUUCUGUGGGAAAAGAUGUGUCACACACUUUUCUGCAGAAUGAAAAAGUUAACCAGAGACUCACAAAUAAUCAGACAGACACAGAAAGGAAGAUGAGUGGCCAAUCCAACUGCAACCAAGUGUUGAUCACCCACCUUGCUGCUGCAGAGUCUCGCUGUGUGAAGCUGGAACGACAGCUGGAUCACAUGAGGAGGAUGUUGCGCAGCGCCAGGACAGAGACGACCAGCCUGCUCAAGCAGCAGGCUUCCAUGGAUCGAUCAGCUGAUCACCAGCCUGACGCCGUCUCUGAGCAUGCUCAGUUGGACAAACUGGAGCGACUUGAACAGGAGUAUCUCAGGCUGACACACACACAGAACAAUGCUGAGAUGAAGAUUCAUGAGCUGGAGAUGAAACUACAGGAGGAGGAGCACCAGAGAAAGCUCAUCCAGGAUAAGGCUAACCAGCUACAGACAGGUUUGGAGGCCAACAGGAUUUUGCUGAAGUCAGUGUCUCCGUGUCUGUCCAACAGACAGUCCAAAGAGAGGAAGUCCAAUUUAAAGAAAUCGUCCCCACAGCUGUCCUGCACACAGCCACACUAUAGACUGAGCCUCAGAGAUGUACCUUUUGUUGCUGGAACGUCAGUGGGCUUCAGCCACUCAGUCAGAGCCAACGUCCAGUCGGUUUUAUCUCUCCUGAAGCAACACCAGCCGCACCUCUGCAACAGCCGCGUCCUCUCUCACAACACAAACAGCUCUGAGACGGGCAGCCGAAGGCAUUCGGACAGCUCCUCUUCUUCCUCCUCCACUGGUGGGGAGGAACUGUCAGAUCUGCUACAAGCCCUGCAGGAGGAGCUGCGACUCAUGAGCUUGGAACACGAUGAGUUGAUGAGGCAGCUGGAGGACAGCGUGUCUGAACAGAAAAGAAAAGAACUUCGGAGGGAGCAGGAGAGGCUGUUGAUGAAAAUGGAGAGGAAAGGAGAGCAGAUCAGUAAGCUGUACAAACACAAAUCACAGAUAAAAAAGUUACGAAAGGAAGCAAAUUCCAGGCAGAACAGGAGAAAUGAGAAGCGAGGAGAGAUUGAGGUGAAGGGGAAGGACAGGAUGACCACUUACUUUCUUGAAAGGAACACAGGAGUCAGUGAGCAGCAGAUUAUGGGACUCCAUGAAGGACAGAUGAACAGCCAGAGGAGCAACCAGCCAGCUUUUCAGAAGCAGCACAGAGACAAACUUUCCUUGAUGCCGAUGACAUAUGGAGACAGUUUGAGUGAACCCCUGCCAACAUCACAUAUGUCUGCUCCCCAGACCUGCCCACCUUUCAAACCCAGUGACUGAGAGAGCUACAAAAGCCUUACAAGAUACAGAUAAAUAUAGCAAAACAGAAACCAGCUGCACAGAGGAAGAUGUGGAAGACAAUGAAAGCCAAAUGAACACAGUGGAACAAGACUUAGAUACUGCUUCUGGGGAGACCAACAAUCAAAGCAAACGCACCCGAACCAGGAACUGUGUGCUCCUCUGACCUGGUAACUAACGUGCUUGAUGGCUGAUUGACGAUGAAUGAUUUAUCAACCUGGGUGGAGUGUAUUUAACACGUGCCAUUGCUGCAGCUUUGUAGCAGAUAUCUUUCUCUGUGUUACAUCACUUAGCUAGAUUACCUGCACUGUCAACGUCUCUCUUGAGUAAAUGUUUGAAACACUGGAUGUAACAGAUCAAAUAUUGUAUUCAACUUCAAGUUCACAGUUUAUGCUGUGCUUGCAGCUUAUUUAUGUGACAUAUUAAGUAAUAAUUGCAUUUACUCUGUUAGAUAAAAUGUUUUAAUAUGGUUAAUUACAUUUAAACCAUCUGUAUCCAACUGGUUUGCAGUCAGAAGACAAAGUAAACAGUUGUCAUUUGAACUAUUUUUUCUGUAUAUUUAUUACUUUUUAAAAUACACAGGAGUAGCAAGCACAGACAUUUUGGCUAGCGACUUUCUGAGGAUGCAUUCUCCUGAGUUUCAGCUAAUAUCAAAACACUGAGAAAUAUAUAUUGCACCAAACCUGAAUUGUAAAAGGCUACAUUUUGAAUUUGUUUUUACAACACAAAAUGUAUCUUUAUGUUCAGCUGUAAAUACUUUUGUGACAUUACUGUGCUAUUCUGAAUUGUUAAAUUGCCCCCUUCUCCUACGUAAAACAGAGAAAAUUAAUAAAAUAGUAACACUAAA